GUUUAAGUUUGAAUACCCUGCGUGGCCAAUGGCAUGGGACUUGGAGCCGUUGCCAGGUGUUCAGUGGUACUGUUAUGGAUUACUUUCAGUGGCAUUUGUUUCAAGGUGCUGGGUGGAUCCCAAAGAGUGAUCCCGAGGAAUCUAUUGAGAGGAGUGCACUUGGUAGAUGAUGCAGAGGCCAGCACCUCCACUCAGCCCACCGCAUCGACCAACUCAUCACGUUCCACCACAUCAUCCAUCUCAACAUCGUCCAGUCCUGCGGAUUCAGAGCCAUCGCCACCAUUGCCCAACCAGACACACCAGACACCAAACCACCAGAACCAGACGAAGCUGCAGGUGGACCCGACAAACUUCUCUGAUCGCCUCGAAGUGGCGGGGAGAACUGCCAUUUGCGUGGUGGGCGGCUUGCGAUCCUUCACCUUGCCGAAGAUCUACCAAAGUAUCCUCAAGUUCAAGGCCAAGGUGGACCCCGCCACCGUCUUUUUGGUGAUGCAUGAGACAGCAUCACUGGGCCAUGACACACGCAAGCAGGUCCCCUUUAAGGUGGGAAAGCAGUCCUUGAAGGCUGCGGUGGACGCUCUGCAGCCAGUGCAUGUGGAAGUUCACAGUGACAGCUCUUCGGAAAAAUAGACUCCUCACAGGUGAGACAAAUCGAGUCUGCAAUCUCACAUACCCUUGAUAAGUGCUUUGUGAAUAUGACUCCUGACUCCAAAGCUGAUGCAGUAGCUGAUGCAUGUUCAUCUAUGCCCCCUUCCCUUCUUUGCUUUCCAGUGGUCUGGCUGGUUCCUAAACUUGAAGACACAACUAUUGAAGGGCUGUCAGCUGUCCCUCCAAAGCGAGUGAACAUGUAAUAUUUUCGUUUUUAACCAUCAAGACCACCAAUGUUCCAAGGGCUCACCUCCCAUGUUCCAAGAGCGUAAGUUGACACGGUAUGCCUGGCAAUGGGAAGGCUCGAUCUUAUUGACUUUGGAACAAAGGACAUAGGAAACAUGUUCAUUUUGGUGAGUCACAUGGGAUUCAUAUGGGUUUGAGUCUACUCAGAGUCUACUCAAAUCCACAAGCAAUCCAAUACCUCGGCAACCAGCCCAUUACAUAAUAAAAAGACAUCCGUCAGUGAAACGUGGGCUCUCACGGACGCUGACCAAGAGUGGCCCACGCAGAACUGGGAACAUGCAGGAGAUGGAUCUCCACACUCGCUACCAGGAGCAAGGUACCUGCAAGCAGUUUGAGAGCGUGGAGCCGAAUGUGAGCUGCUGCAGCGAUGACGUGGUCUCGAACUAUUUGCAGCUCGGAUGGAUCUGGCAUUGCUUGAAUGUCGUGAAGCAGUACGAGGCAGAGCAUAAUGUGACCUUCGAGUUAAUCGUGCGUCUACGGCCAGAUGUGGUGUACUUUGGCUUGGAGUAUUUGCCGUCCAAGGAGCGGCUGCAGAAGAACGGGAUCACCUUGGCACAGAAGCAGAGCAGGAAGCAGCCUGCUGACUGGCUCUUUAUUCUAUCUCCUUCUUCUUUGGAGUGGUUUUCGCUCACCAUGCUUGAUGUCCAGCGACGCUGUGAUCUGAAGAAAGCCUGCCGGGCGUCGGGCAUCAACAAGACGCAGUGUCAAAGGCAAGAUGUGGCCUUCCACUCUCCGGAGUACAGCGGCUGGUUCAGGCAAGAGCAUGGCCAGUUUGUGAGG